AUGUCCGUCGCAUUGGCAGAAAAUAUUGCAAACCAAAUUCAACAACUUUUUGCAUCUGAAUUGAAGGAAAAUUAUUUCAUAAAAGAUCAUUCAAGACAGCCAAGAGGAAAGUUAUACUGUAAAUAUUACAAUACUAUGAGAACACUAAAAACAAGCGGGUUAAUCUUAAAACAUUCAGAAAAAAAUGAAUUAAUUAAUAAAACUAAAAAUAGUAGUUUUAGUAGAUGGACUACUAAUAACUAUGAACCUGAAGGAGAUAUACAGUUAAUCUUAAACCAAAUUAAGCAUGAUAACUGUAGUCUUCCAGAACUUGAGCGGCAUUGGAGUUCAACUGUAAAUCACAGGUUAAAUGACAUUCAAAAGGCCACAACAACUCAGGAAAUAAUAAGAGAAUGGAAGAGCUAUAAAAUACCAAUGGGCUAUAAAUUAAUUGAUAUUGAUUUUAAUGUUCUUCACCCAACUUCUUUCAAUGUACUAGGCAAUUAUGAAGUAAAAUUAUUAAAAAUAUUUAAUGUUUUAACAACAAAAAUUAAAGAUAUGAACUCCCGUAAACUAUUAGAGAGUCUUAUUGAGAUGGAAAACCCAUGUGAAAAUGCUAAACAAGCGGUUACAUUUUAUUUACUCCAUUCGUUAUUUGUGCCAACUUCCAAAAAAGUUACUAUGGAUGAUAAAGGAAAGAAAAAUAUUGUCAAAUUUUCUAUUAAAGAUUCACAAAAUACUUUUUUGGUAUUUUGUAAUACUGUAACCCUGGCUGAAGAAUUCAUAGCAAACCGAUAUAGUCUGAAAUUGCCAAUUCAGCCCUUUAUUUUGGUUGUUGGUACUCCACUUCAACCGAAAGAGAUUAUUGUAUAUUUUGAUACAAUUAAAUAUAAAGUUUUCACUAUACUACGGGCAAUAGAUGUGUGCUUUAAGAUUAUACAUUUAUUUAAUUUAGAGUACCCAAUUGAAUCAUGUGCUGUAUGGCAAUUUAUACAAAAAUAUUUGUAUAAUAUUAAAACUAAAUUUGAUAAAUCACACCCCAAUUUAAAUCAAUUAAUUUUUGAUUUAGAAAAUAAUACACAUGCAGAAUAG